AUGCCUUCCGAACAAGAGAACAUCCAGUAUUUGUACUUGGUCCUCACCCAUGGCGGUGUUCCCACAAUCAACUGGGACGCCAUUUGCGCGGACCUCCAGCUCGAGAAGGGCGCAGUGACCAAGCGCUGGUCUCGACUCAAGCAGGCCAUGGACAAGGGCGUAGAGCCCGCACGCUCAAACCACGAGUUCCUCUGGCUCAUGGUCAAGCACUCCGCCCGCGACAAGGCAUUCGAUUGGGACGGCAUCGCCGACAAGUGCAACAGCACGAAAGCCGCCUGCUCGAAGCGCUACUCGCGUCUGAAGAUCGCCUUCGACAAGGGCGACGCUCCGCCUCCCACUCCAACCAAGGCCAGCAAGUCUGCUCCCACCACACCGAAACAGACGCCGCGAAAGAGCAAGCUCAAGACCGAGGACGACAGCGAAGACACGCCCACUACGCCUGUAUCGAAGCGAAAGCGCACACCGGCGAAGAAGCCCACCGCUAGCCUCGCAGACAAGUUCAAGCCCGAGACUGACGAGGACGAGGAAGAAGAGCGCGCGAAGCCGAAGCGGGCAAAGUCCACUCCCGAGGUGAAACGCAAACCCAAGAACGCAUUCAGAGCCAGCGACAACAAGGGCAUCGAGGAGACACAGCCAGUCGUCAAAGGCGAGCCGGUCGACGACAGCAACAAUGAUGAUGACGAUCACGUCUUCUUCGACGCACGCGAGCAAGCUUCUGCAUUCACCGACACCGACGCCGAGGUUGAUAGGGACACAUGUCUGUCGUCCUUCUCGGAGGCAUUCACACACGCUCGGGAAAUGGCUAACAUGCUGCUGAACAGGAAGAUCGGGCUGAGUGAGACGUACCGUGAGGAGUUGGAGGGUAUGCUUGGGGUUCUCGAGGAGGCUUGA